CACAUCAUCAUUCAUCAUCAUCAUCAUAAAUCCCACUUUGUAUAUUAUUCUCCAUAUAUACAUUAUAUACAUUCUUGACUACAUAUUUUAUUCUUUGAUAAACAUUCUUGACCCUCUGCAUUCCAAAAUGGCCCUUGCUAAGGAACUCAUGGGCACUUAUUCAAUCAAAACCAACAAAUCACCUUUUCUUGCAUCAAACUUUAAUACCCACAAACAGUUUUCUUCUUUGAUCCCAAAAAAGUCUACUUUAAAGAAAACUAGUGGUGUGAUUAAGGCUGCAAUUAGUGAAGAUUUGGCAAAGUUUGUUAGUAAUAAACAAGAAAAAGCUGUCACCUUUAAAGUAAGAGCUGUGUUGACUGUAAGGAAUAAGUAUCAAGAAGAUUUUAAAGAAACACUUGUGAAAAAGAUUGAUGCUUUUACUGAUCAGAUUGGAAGAAAUGUUGUUGUUGAGCUUUUUAGUAAUGAUAUUGAUCCAAAAACAAGGGCACCAAAGAAAAGCAAAGAAGCAGUGUUGAAAGACUGGUCACAAAAAUCAAAUCUAAAAUCCGAAAAAGUGAAUUACACAUCUGAUAUAUUAGUGCCAUCAGAUUUUGGGGUUCCAGGAGCAAUUACCAUCACUAAUAAGCAUCAACGAGAGUUUUAUUUAGAGAGUAUUACUAUUGAAGGAUUUGCUUGUGGCCCUGUUUAUUUCCCUUGUAAUUCUUGGGUUCAGUCUACUAAUGAUCAUCCUGAUCCCAGGAUCUUUUUCUCUAAUCAGCCAUAUCUGCCUGAUGAGACUCCAGCAGGGCUGAAAGUAUUAAGAGAGAUAGAGCUUCGAGAUUUAAGAGGUGACGGAAAAGGAGUCAGGAAGUUGUCAGAUCGAGUCUAUGAUUAUGACGUGUACAAUGAUCUUGGAAAUCCUGACAGGGGAAAUGACUUCAUUAGACCGUUACUAGGAGGUCAAAAAAUCCCAUAUCCAAGGAGGUGUCGCACUGGCCGCUUACCUAGUGACACUGAUAUUUCAGCUGAGAGCCGAGUGGAGAAACCUUUUCCUCUGUAUGUUCCAAGAGACGAACAAUUUGAAGAGUCAAAGCAAAACACAUUCGCAACAAGUCGGCUAAAGGCGGUGCUACACAAUCUUUUGCCCUCAAUGGUAGCCAACAUUUCUAAAAAACAUGACUUCAAGGGUUUUUCUCAAAUUGAGAGCCUUUACAGUGAAGGAGUCCAGCUCAAACUAGGCCUUCAAGAUGAUCUUAUAAAGAAGCUUCGGUUGCCAAAUUUAGUGACCAGACUCCAUGAGUCUAGCCAGGGAGGUGGCCUUCUCAAGUACAACACCCCCAAGAUUCUUUCAAAGGACAGAUUCUCAUGGUUACGUGAUGAUGAAUUCGCUCGCCAAGCACUUGCAGGGGUUAACCCUGUCAACAUAGAGAAGCUUAAAGUUUUCCCACCAGUGAGUCAACUUGACCCCGAAAUCUAUGGCCUACAAGAGUCCGCCCUCAAGGAAGAACACAUUUCAGGCUAUCUUAAUGGGAUGACUGUACAACAGGCUAUCGAAAACAAUAAGCUAUUCAUAAUAGACUUCCAUGACAUAUACCUGCCGUUUCUUGACCGAAUAAACUCCCUUGAUGGGCGCAAAGCAUACGCAACGCGCACCAUAUAUUACUUGAACCCAUCUGGCACACUGAAGCCCAUUGCUAUCGAGCUUAGCUUGCCCCGCGCUCUACCUGGUUCGGAGUCAAAACGUGUGGUCACACCUCCAACAGAUGCUACUAGUAACUGGACCUGGCAACUCGCUAAAGCCCAUGUCUGCUCUAACGAUGCUGGUGUUCACCAACUGGCAAAUCACUGGUUACGGACACAUGCAACCAUGGAACCGUUUAUAUUGUCUGCACAUAGGCAACUCAGUGCAAUGCACCCAAUUUAUAAGCUUCUGGACCCACACAUGAGAUACACGUUAGAGAUCAAUGCCAUUGCCCGCCAAAACCUCAUCAAUGCCGACGGUGUCAUAGAGCAAUGUUUUACCCCCGGACGUUAUGCCAUGGAACUAAGUGCAGCUGCUUACAAGCAUUGGCGGUUCGAUUUAGAAGGCUUACCAGCUGAUCUCAUGAGAAGGGGUAUGGCAGUUCCAGACCCAAGUCAACGACAUGGACUGAAGCUUUUAAUUGAGGACUACCCGUAUGCUUCUGACGGGCUCUUGAUCUGGGAAGCAAUACAAAGUUGGGUUCGUACUUAUGUAACACGAUACUACCCCGACUCAUCCCGUGUCUGCAAUGACAGAGAGCUCCAAGCCUGGUAUGCGGAGACAAUCAACGUGGGACAUGCUGAUAUCCGCCACGAGAACUGGUGGCCCACGUUAGCCAGUGCUGAUGACCUCACCUCCAUCCUGACCACCGUCAUUUGGUUAGCUUCAGCCCAACAUGCUGCCCUUAACUUUGGUCAAUACCCAUACGGUGGUUAUGUACCCAACCGCCCACCUCUAAUGCGACGACUGAUCCCUGAUGAAAACGAUCCAGAAUAUGCUAGUUUCCUUGAAGACCCACAUAAAUACUUUCUAUCCGCAUUACCAAGUAUGUUACAAUCAACAAAGUACAUGGCUGUGGUGGACACAUUGUCUACUCAUUCGCCUGAUGAGGAAUAUAUCGGUGAGAGAACACAAACCGACACAUGGUCCGGGGACGCAGAAAUGGUGGAGGCAUUUUACGGGUUUUCAACAGAGAUUCAACGGAUAGAGAAGGAAAUUGAGAGAAGGAACAGAGACAUGAGCUUAAAGAAUAGGUGUGGAGCCGGGGUGUUGCCAUAUGAACUUCUUGCACCAAGUUCACCACCUGGUGUAACUUGUCGCGGGGUUCCAAAUAGUGUAUCGAUCUAAGCCAUUUUGUUUCCGUGUUUUGUAUAAUAAAGUCGUUUUCAAGUUGUAAGGUAGAGUAUUUAAAUGAAUGUAACUGAGGCCAUUGUAUGAUACAUAGGAUAAAUAAGUUAACCUAUUAGUAUGUUUCAAGCUGGCUUGGUUUUGGCAAAAAUAAGUCAAAACCGAGCCACGCUUGGUUCGUAUAGCCGUAUAGAUAGGGUUUGAUGUGUUAUGUGGAUAUCCUAUAUAUAUAUAUAUAUAUAAGUGGAAAAAGAUAUUUGAACACACUAAUAAAACGUGCAAUGAUUGAUGGUUUUUGGA